AUGACCUCUGGAAAAUCUUCGGAUACAAUUAAAACCAAAGAGAGUUUGCAGAAAGUUUUGAGAGAAGGGAUAUCAGUGAUAAUCAUAACUGUCGGUGAGCCUUUCGAAGUUACUGACAUCUCUGAACCAAACUUGCUCACUCAGCUUGUCUGGACUGAUUACAAUGAUGACGCUUAUCAUGGUGACGAAGAAGUACAUGAAAUAAUUUGCAAAGUGCCUGUGGUUAUUAAGCCAAGGGGCUCGAUUAAGAGAAGAAAACUGUCGGCAUCUCAACAGUUUAAUUGCCUCCUCGACACCACAAAUGAAUUCACCUUACUGGAGAUGACGUUUGGCUCCUUAGGGCGGUUCUUCACUUCGGACAAACAAGGAUUAUUCCCAUCUGCCGCUUUCUUCAACAAAAAUACAUAUAUCCAAAGCUAUGGAGUAAAAGUUGAAGAAUUUCCAAAAAUAAAAACCGUUGACAUGGUCCCUUGCAGUUUCAAAUCAUUUGAUCUCAAUGAGACAGCUACUCUUGAGUUGCUGAUUAACAGUGUACCAGGCACCACACAUACCGUUUUAUAA